AUGUCCAUUCAAGCAAAUACUCUUAUUAAAGAACUCAAUGAUACACCUCUGUUCUUACAGGCAUUAAGAAAAGCACUUUAUCAUCACAGAUUUCAUGACAACUUUGAUUUAAUCACAAAACAUGAUAUUUGUUUUUUUUACCUGGAUUUUAUGAACUCACCGAAUAGUCCUUUGAAUAAAAUUAUGCUGGAGAGAGCAGCAGCAGCCUACCUAAUCAUAUUUAUUGUAAACAUGUUGUUCAUCUCGGACAACGAUGUAAUAGAACUUGGCUGGUUAGAGAGAGAAUUUUUUUCUACCGACAGAACCAAAUUCGACGGAAUCAUUUUCAAAGUUGGUGACAAAUCGAUUGCUCCGGGACUAGUGGAAUUCUCUGGAGUCAUUAAUGAUAAGACCUCUUCUCAAAUUAACGCAAAAGAUAUCGAGAAGUUGUACACUAAUAUGGUGAAAGUUAUGGAAGAUAUUAAAACUGAUAAAAUGUUUUGUAUUAGGUGUUUUGGACAUAACCUUUACUUUGAGAAGCUUGUUCAUUAUGAUGGUGUAAUGUAUAGGACAGUUGAUGUAGUUGUAGAAAUCCCAACUAAGCUGAGAAAAAUAAUCGCCUAUAUAAAUGAAAUACCAAAUAUACUUUCAUGGAAGGAAGCCCUGAUUAAUCAUGCCCUUAAUUUAAAUUAA